CUGGCCUUGUGGCGGCGGGCUUGGCUCUUUCUUGGCGAGCUCCUCCGGCCACCAGGGCUGGUGGCCCUCAGCUCCCUGUGCUGUAGCCGCCCGCGCUUCGGCGCCGCUGCGGGGCUCCGGUCCUCUGCGCGUAGCCCUGGCCCUGGCGGCCGGCGCAUGGGCCAGGGGCGCGGGGUGAGGCGGCUUUCCGCAGGGCCGUGACCUGCACCGGCUUCAGCAUGAAGACCCUCAUAGCUGCCUAUUCCGGGGUCCUGCGAGGUGAGCAGCCGGCCGAGGCUGUUCGGAGUGAGCGCUCUCCUGGAGGACCUGUGCUAUCACGCACUGGCUCCAGCAUCCUCUCAGCCCUCCAGGACCUCUUCUCUAUCACCUGGCUCAACAGGUCCAAGGUGGAGAAGCAGCUGCAGGUCAUUUCAGUGCUGCAAUGGGUCCUGUCCUUCCUCGUGCUGGGAGUGACCUGCAGUGUCAUCCUCAUGUACACAUUCUGGACUGACUGCUGGCUCAUCGCUGUGCUCUACUUCACCUGGCUGGCGUUUGACUGGAAUACACCCAAGAAAGGUGGCAGGAGGUCACAGUGGGUCCGAAACUGGGCUGUGUGGCGGUACUUUCGAGACUACUUUCCCAUCCAGCUGGUGAAGACACAUAACCUGCUGACUACCAGGAACUAUAUCUUUGGAUACCACCCCCACGGCAUCAUGGGCCUGGGUGCCUUCUGCAACUUCAGCACAGAGGCCACAGAAGUGAGCAAGAAGUUCCCCGGCAUAAGGCCCUACCUGGCCACGCUGGCCGGCAACUUCCGGAUGCCAGUGUUGAGGGAGUACCUGAUGUCUGGAGGCAUCUGCCCUGUCAACCGGGACACCAUAGACUACCUGCUUUCCAAGAAUGGGAGCGGCAAUGCCAUCAUCAUUGUAGUGGGGGGCGCGGCCGAGUCCCUAAGCUCCAGGCCUGGCAAGAACGCGGUCACCCUGCGCAACCGCAAGGGCUUUGUGAAACUGGCCCUGCGCCAUGGAGCUGACCUGGUUCCCACAUAUUCCUUUGGGGAAAAUGAGGUGUACAAGCAGGUGAUCUUCGAGGAGGGUUCCUGGGGCCGAUGGGUCCAGAAGACGUUCCAGAAGUACAUCGGCUUUGCCCCGUGCAUCUUCCAUGGCCGAGGCCUCUUCUCCUCUGAUACCUGGGGGCUAGUGCCCUAUUCCAAGCCCAUCACCACUGUUGUGGGUGAGCCCAUCACCAUCCCCAGGCUGGAGCACCCAACCCAGCAAGACAUCGACCUGUACCAUGCCAUGUACAUGGAGGCCCUGGUGAAGCUCUUCAACAAGCACAAAACCAAAUUCGGCCUCCCGGAGACCGAGGUCCUGGAGGUGAACUGAACCAGCUCUUGGGGGCCAGCUCCCGGGAGGAACCAUCUACAAAUCAUUUUCUACUGAGUUCUCGAGUGCUUUUUGUUCUGUAAAUUUGGAAGCGUCAUGGGUGUCUGUGGGUUAUUUAAAAGAAAUUACAAUAAUUUUGCUAAACUA